AUGUACAUAUAUUACCUCAACUCCAGCACGUCCAUCGUGUGGAGGACAGUGCUCGAGGAUGCCAAGCGCCCGUUCGCUCAGUCGAGUGUCGUGGCCAACCAUUCCGGAUGGAUCGAGGUUGCCCCAACACGGGACAACAGCGUAUCGUUCAAAGCGUACUGCAAAGUGCAGUUGAACGAAGCGGCCACCGUGGCAACCAGACUCGGUCGUAUCUUGCAUGCGAUGCGAGGAGGUUCGAGACAUGACAAGCAGGACAUCGAGCAUGCGUUCACUACGAUGCAAGACGCGUUCUUGUGUGGCUUUCGCGUGUUUGAAACGGAUAUCAAACGGCACAUGGAGGAUCAAAGACACGGGGUGGUCUCACGGGGAAAGGCGACGCCGUCACCCCCGUGGAGCUGGGGCGACAUGGCGGUCGAAGCCCCAAGUUUGUCGGCACCUUCGUACGCGAUCCGCUGUGAAGCAUAA